UUCAUUACGAAUUUUACUAUGAGUAUACGAUAAGUAGAGAACGUACGAUAUUAAUUUUAAUCAUACAGAUUUUCAGAAUUUUUCGCGAUCAGAACAAUUCGAAUUCCUUUUAUACUUUAACAUUCUGGGAAACGACUUAUUCUGUAUUAAAUUUUAUAUAGCGUUAACAAAUGUUUCGAAUGUGACAGACAGCGUAACGAUCCUUAAGGUUAAGUGAUAUUACGCUUUUUUAUAUUGUGAUUUUUUUUUUUUAAACAUUAAAUUAUUUAGAACAAUGCCAGCAUCAAAUUCUAUCAGCGUAGCUGUAAUAUGUUCUAGCAAUAUGAAUAGAAGUAUGGAAGCUCAUGCCUUCUUAAGUAAAAAAGGCUUCAAUGUAAAAUCUUUUGGAACUGGUGAUAAAGUCAAGCUUCCUGGAAAUGCACCUGAUCGUCCUAACAUAUAUGACUUUGGAACUUCUUAUGAUGAAAUCUAUAAUGAUCUUUUAUCAAAAGACAAGCAAUAUUACACACAAAAUGGAUUAUUGCACAUGUUAGAUAGAAAUCGUAGAAUAAAACCUAAACCAGAACGAUUUCAAUUAUCCAAAGAUAAAUUUGAUAUUUUAAUUACUUGUGAAGAACGUGUAUAUGACCAAGUAAUUGAAUGCAUGGAAUCUAGAACUCAAGAAGAUAGUCAACCUGUACAUUUGAUUAAUAUUGACAUUCAGGAUAAUCAUGAAGAAGCUACAGUGGGAUCAUUCCUUAUUUGUGAAUUAGUCACUGUGCUGGCAAAUAGUGAAGACUUAGAUAAUGACAUAGAUGAACUACUUCAUGAAUUUGAAUCAAAAUUUGCAAGAACAAUUUUACAUACAGUACUUUUUUAUUGAAAAGCCUGUUAUAUAACAAGAACUUGGUGUUCACAACUUAACUUAUAAAAGCAGAUUAAAUUAUAAACUAUAAAUGUACCACCACAUUCUCUGAAUCAGAUAAUGUGGAGCGAGUUCCGUUUUAGCAACAAGUAGGAAUUCGAUCCGCGCUUCCUAUUUAACGAAUUAUUGCUUUCCACGGAAAUCGUUU